UUCCCGACACAGAUUUCUCAUCAUUUGUCAUGAAGUCAAAAUGUACAUAGCGCAGUGGAUUAUCUUUUUCAUAAUCAUCUGCACAACAUCAAGUCACGAUGGUGAAAAAUGUGAAAAAAUCAAAAUAGGCUCAGAAUUUUAUAAAAGACAAUUAGUAGCUACUAUAGAUGGCUAUCCUACAGGAUUGGUUGUGGAUCCUAGAACUGAAAACAUGUUCUUUCUAUUACAUAAAAGGAAUUAUACAAGGGGCAUACAUAUAUUAAGAUAUGGAGCUUUAGGUGUACAGGAAAUACCCAUUUCUGAUGAUUUGAUAGGCCAAUGCGUCGGUAUUGAUGUUUCCAACAAUAUUAUAUAUAUUGGUACAAGUCAAGGCAUAACAACGUACAACAAAGACAAGAAUCAAAUAACAUCAGAGAGACCAAUUGGUGAUGAUGACGUUCGUAAUAUAUUUUUCGAUAAACGUGACAAUUUGAUGUACAUAACAACAGGACCACAACAUGAAAUUUUUAAAUUCAUCAAUGGUUCUGCAGCUGUUAAAAGAUAUGAUAAAGUACCAAGGGCAUAUAAUUUUAUAUUGGACGCAAAUGGUAAUGCUUUUUACGAAUACGUUGAUGGUAGAUUGUAUUUCUUCUCUGUAGAUCUAUUUGAACCUAUACAAUAUAAAGGUUUUACAAGAGAAUUGAAGUAUAUAUUACAAUUGAACAAUUUCGAUGAAGCUAUAUUAGCUGUUAAAGGUUCCCUGUACCGUUUGACUACGAAUAGUAUUUUCCCGGAGAAGAUCGCACAAUUGGGAAUGAAAAUAACAGCUCUUUUCUUUGAUGCAAGGAAUAAUAUUAUAAUUGGUACAAAGGGAAAGAUUUAUAGAUAUAAACCCGUCGAUAAAAAUGACCCAUGCCCUCCUGAUGACUACUUCAUGUCUAGCAUUUAAGUAACCUACAAGGCUUCAAUCUUUUUAGAUUAUAAGUAAUUUUUACUUUGGGAUUGUUGUUUUAUUUUCUUAUAUACUGAAUGA